UAUUUAGCUAGAAUGUCUAAAAACGAACCUAUUUAAGAAAAUGCUAUGAGUCCUAAACUGAACGCAUACACAUAACAUGCUAAAUUGAUGGAUAUUUACAAAACAAUUACAAACGAAAUUAAUAAUUUUAAUGGUACAAGGCUUGAGUAUAUUUAAGAUUUUUUUACUAAAAACUAGAUUGAAUUUUAAGUUUAAUAAUUUUAACAAAAAAAUUAAAGUAUGAAAAAUCUUACCCAUUAAAAUAUUAUUGGUAUUUAGAAAUCUUAAAGAACUAAUAACUAUGAAUGUAAUAUAAUCGCUUUUGAUUUAUCUGAAGAUCCAAAUAAAAUUAGUAUACCUUUUACUCUUUCUUUUAUAAAGUACUAUUAACUUCCUUAAAUAAAUUAUGUUUCUAGAGAUAUAAUGUAUAUAGGGUAUGAUUUCUAAUCGAAAAAAUAUGGAUAUUCAAUGGAAAUGUUUUUAAAACAUCAUUUUUCUACAUAAAAUACAUUACCUCAUUGUGGUGUAUUUAGAUAAGCCCUAAAUAUUGAUUUAGAGAAGGAUUUUAAUGCAUUGUAUUAUAAAGCAUUGGGGUUUGAUGGAAAAGUUCCAGAUUUAGAUUAUUUUUUAAAUUAUAAUAAAUUGUUCUAUUUGCUUUUCAAAGAAGAUUAUAAAUAUACUGAAUAUUCGUCAUCAGUUUGUGUAUCGUUAGGAAAUUUCUUAGAAAAACAGCUUAACCUAAUUACAUAGAUGUUAAAGAUAAAGAUUCCUCCAAAUUAUUUCUAUAAUUUAAAAGGAUUGUGUCAUUCAUUAGUAGCGGGUUUUUAUGGAGAAAAACAUGAUGCACACUCAUAACUUUAAAGAUAUGGAGUCCAAGCUGUAACUAUAAAAGGAAAAAAAAUAGGAAAAGCUGAAUCAAGCUAGAAUAAGCUUUAAAAUCUUUUUUAUUUAGUUGAUUAAGGAACAAGGGCUACAUAUGCUUUAGAUGAAUAAUUACAUGCAGCUUCUACACUUUAUUAUCCGGUAAGAAAAUAAUUAUAAAUAACAAUUGCAGAUAUACCGUAUCCUACUAUUUUUUUUGCAUUUCCUUUUGCUUCAAUGGGAACUUAUUUGCAUUAAUAAUGCUACAAAAAAAAAUCAGUUGAAAAUUCAUGGCUUAUUUGGGGACCUUAUAUUUAUUAAUUUUUACAUUCACUUUUGAUGCUAAUUUUGCCAAGUAUUGCUGAAAGUAUUAUGGGAUAUUAAUUUUGUAUUAAUUGGAAUGAUUAUUAAAACGAAAAUUUUAUAACCUUAUUUACCUUAACUAUAUUUUUAAUUGUAACAACGAGAAUAUUAUUAACUCUUUUUUGGGAUUAUGUUAUUGUAAGGGGUAUAUUCAAAGCUAAUGCUAAACUUAUUUACGAAGGAAAAUUAUUAUAAGCAUAUUUUUAUGGGCUUUAACUUUAAUUGUUAGCUAUUUUCUAUAUAUUCUUUAACACUGGAGUAAAUUAGAUUAUUUGUAUUCUUUUUACUCCUUUACUUCUUUUUGCAAGACCUCUCUUACCUCGAAAUAAAAAGGAGAUUUUAUACACAAUAAUUAAUAUUUUUUUAAUAGGUUGCUUUAUU